AUGCUGGCAGAGAAUCCUCGCCAGUGGCAUGACACUUUGUAUGAGACACUCUGGGCUUAUCGCACUUCCAAGCGGAACCCUACUGCCACCACACCCUAUGCUCUGAUGUUUGGACAUGAUGCAGUUGUCCCUUUAGAAAUCAAUGUCCAAUCACUGUGCGUCCAGGAUCAACAUCACUUGAUUGGUGAAGAUUAUGUCCAGGCUAUGUGGCAAGAGCAUGAAGAUCUUAGCGAGAAGCGCUUGGAGGCUUUGGACAGCUUUGUGAUGGAAAAGCAACGCAUCGCUCGCGCCUAUGAUAAGAGGACAUGCGGGUGUAUUUAUAAGGAGGGUGACCUUGUGUGGAAAGCAGUCUUGCCACUGGGCGAGAAGUUGACUAGCCGCGGUAAGUGGACUCCGCGUUGGGAAGGUCCCUUUGUGAUUCACCGAAUUCUCGAUCACGGGGCCUUUCACCUUAAGGAUCUGGAUGGUGAAUUCCAUCGAAACCCAAUCAAUGGAAGGUUCUUGAAGAAAUAUUACUUAAGCGUCUGGGAAUUUGAAGAUCCCCCAGAUCCACUUGUUCUUGGGGCAGGGGGGCAACCAUAG